CCACGCCCGCCCGGACUUCUGCGCAGUCCCUGCCCCUCGAGGAAGCGCGGCCCGCGCGGUUCCAGCCGGGCGGAGGCCGGGAACCUGGGCUGGAAGCGAUGCUGCGCUGGGGCCCCGCUGCCCCGGGUUGGACACCGCCGAUGCCCGCCCGCCUGUCGGCGCGCUACAGGGAGCACGGGCGCCGCUGGCCCGGCCUCGGCUUUUUGAAAAUUUCCGGGGCCGCUCCGCGGCGCUGCGAUUGGCCGCGUCCCGGUAACCUCUAUGCAAAUGAGGCCGCGCCGCCGCCGCGCCGCCGGGGACCGGGGAGCCGGCGGGCAGAGCAGGGGCGUCCGCGCUGGGGCCGGGCGGGCGCACCCAGAGCCCGGCGGGCAGGGACCCCGGCGCAGCCGUCCGGAGCCCGCGCGUCCCCCGCGCGGCGGGGUCGUCUCGCCAGCCUCGCCGCCCCCUCCCCCUGCCUCCCUCCCCGCCCCUCCCCCCGCCUGCCUUCCCGCACCACCUUCCCCUCCGACCGUCUCUAAAGGGAGUUGUUGGUUUCCUCCGAUUUCUUAUGAACCCAGGAUGGGCAGCAAGGAAGAUGCGGGCAAGAGGUGUCCGGCGGCCGGCGGCGUCUCCAGCUUCACCAUUCAGUCCAUCCUGGGCGGGGGCCCCUCCGAGGCACCGCGGGAGCCCGCCGGCUGGCCCGCCAGGAAGCGCAGCCUGUCCGUGUCCUCGGAGGAGGAGGAGCCGGACGACGGCUGGAAGGCGCCCGCCUGCUGCUGCCCCGACCCGCACGGCCCCCAGGAGCCCGGCCCCCAGCACCACCCCCCCAUCCCCUUCCCUUGCCUGGGUGCCCCCAAGGGCAGCGGCGGCGCGGGGCCGGCGAGCUCGCCACACCUGCCUUUCCUUUCUCCUUCGCACCCGGACUUUAAGGAAGAGAAGGAGAGGCUCCUGCCCGCGGGCUCGCCUUCGCCGGGCCCUGAGCGGCCGCGGGACAGCGGCGCCGAGCGGCCGGCGGGCGCCGCCAAGAAGAAGACGCGCACGGUCUUCUCGCGCAGCCAGGUGUACCAGCUCGAGUCCACCUUCGACAUGAAGCGCUACCUGAGCAGCUCGGAGCGUGCCUGCCUGGCCUCCAGCCUGCAGCUCACCGAGACGCAGGUCAAGACUUGGUUCCAGAACCGGCGCAACAAGUGGAAGCGGCAGCUCUCGGCCGAGCUGGAGGCGGCCAACAUGGCCCACGCGUCGGCGCAGACUCUGGUGGGGCUGCCGCUGGUGUUCCGGGACAGCUCGCUGCUGCGCGUGCCCGUGCCGCGCUCGCUCGCCUUCCCCGCGCCGCUCUACUACCCCGGCGGCAACCUCUCGGCCUUGCCGCUCUACAACCUCUACAACAAGCUCGACUACUGACCGCGCGCCCCGCGCCCCCGCCGCCCCCGGCCCCCGGCCCCCAGCCGCGCGCGAGCCUGGCGCGCGCCGCCCGCUCCCAGGGCUGCUCCCCGGCUCCGGAGCAGGCGGCGUGUUGCCAGAAAUAUUAAGAAAUACACCGUGUGUAUUCAUUCUCUCGUAUUUAUGGCCUCGCCCUCCUCUUUCGUGGUGACUGUUUUGGGGUCUUAUCGGCACGCCUCAGGCCAGACCUGCCUUCUGCCCCAAACCAACCAGGAUGCUCCGGACACCCAGGUGGCAGGGGUGUCUGGACUCCUGGGGUGGCGGGCAAGGGAGUUCCGGCCAAACCGGCGUUGAUCGGUAGGAAAAGCCAACCAAACAAACAGGAAAACACCACCAAC